AGUCUUUACACUGACCGCAAAAAAGGCCUGCAUACAAUUGUUGAUCGGCGCCAGGUCAAAUUUGCAUAAAUCAUAUGCAGUUAGGAUAUGGCUGGCGAAAGCGAAAAGCCCGUUUCUUAAACCAGGAAUUUCUUUCCCCUUUUCCGUCGCGUUUUUCGCUUCCCUUCCCCAUCCCCGUAAAUGCUUUUUAUUUUGUACGCAUUGCUUGCCUUCUUGAGCCAUAGAUGGUACAUAAUAAUUACCAUAUAUGAAGUACCUACUUGUGUUAUGAACCAGUCUGACCGGUCCACAACAACACGUCAUCAAGAUGGACCCUGCUUCAGUUGCAAGACACAGAGUCUGCAGUGAGAUGACUCAUCACGUUGUCCACAGCGUUUCAUCCGUCGAUUAUUUCUCAAUGUUUUAUAAAAUUUCAAGGAUCAGGCGAUAGCCAAGGCCUGGAGUCAUUUUUAUGCUAUGAAUUUUAUUUCAGCUUUAUUUUUUUCGCUUUUAUUGGUCGCUCAGAUAGCAUGCUUUCAUGCUCCGGACGGGAGCGAAGAAGCUUCGAACAUCCCUAAGGACGGCAGACCGGAAUUGUCGGAGUCAUCACACCACCGAUCACACUCUGUCACAAACACAGAAGAUGCCAAGAAUUCAGACUCAGCUGAAGAGUAUUCACCUAUUGUGUUGCAAGAGAUUUCAUCAAGUUUCUCUUCCUCUACAUCAGAACUGGAGGAAGUUGUCACUCCAACAGUUGCCCCUGCCACUCCUAGCGAUGAUAUAGAGCCUUCCAUUACUACAAGUACUGUGAGUAGCAUUAAGCCCCAUUCACAGGAAAACAACUAUGUGUUCUCCUCUGUGAUUCUGAUUCCACCUAGUAAUCCAGGACAGAUUCAGCCAUCAGAAGGUGCUCAAAAUGUUGAAGGAAGCACCUACCUUGAAGCUCUUCCUACCACAGAAGCAGAAGUUUUGUCAUCAGUUUUGCACUCCAACCCUCCAGCUGUAAUCAGCAGUAAACCAGCUCCAACCCCGCCCUCACCUAUGACCGUAAAAGAGGAUGAUGAUAGCAUUACAGCUGCCUUGAACCAAGCAGAGGAAGAGACCAAACCCAAGGAGGAGGAAAUGCCAUCAUUUGACGAAUUCAAAAGGAGAGUUUUGCAGGAGGAGGAGGAGAAGAGCAAACAACAGAGUGCAGACAAUUCCAAUGGAACUGCCCACAAACUUAAACCUAAGAAAGUCAAAGAAAGAAAACAGAGCAAUUACGCAUCUGUGGACUGUGGUGCAAAGAUUCUUGAUCAUAAUGAUGAGGCAUCAAAUGCUGACAGUAUUUUAGUGGAGAACAAGGACUUGUACAUGCUAAACCCAUGUAGUGCGAAAGUUUGGUUUGUUGUUGAGCUGUGUGAUAUAGCCCAUGUCAAGAGUAUUCAGAUUGCCAACUUUGAACUGUUCUCAUCCACACCUGAAAGUUUUCGGGUUUAUGUUAGCAAGCGGUAUCCAACAAGAGAGUGGACAAUGUUAGGAACAUUUCAAGCUCGUGAGGAGAGAACAAUACAGACCUUUCCUUUGGAUGAACCAAUUUAUGCCAAGUACUUCAAGGUAGAGAUGCUAAGUCAUUUUGGCUCUGAACAUUACUGCCCACUGAGCCUUCUACGUGUGUAUGGCAGCAGUAUGAUGGAAGAGCUGGAAGAUCAUGAGAUAGAGGGACAGGAUGAUAAUGAAAAUUCUGAUAGUGACUCUGACGUGCCAGUAUUACCUCCAGAACCUGGGGCAAAGGUUGACGAUGAACCUAAAAAGCCUAAUCUCCUUGAAAGAGCUGCUGAUACUGUGAUUAGUCUUGUCAAGAAAAUUACUGGAAAUGGGCAAGACAAAGAAAAAAGUGGUGAUGACUUAGAGAAAGCGGGUGGUACCCUUGAGAAAGGUAGUAUUGCGCUGAACUUCCCUGACUCAAGUGGUGAGGAGGCUUCCAGUGAGAGUGAAUCCCAAGCUGAAAGCAAGAACAAGAUUGUAACUCUUCUUGUUCAUGAAGAGCUUGAGGAAAGCCCCAUGGACAGCAAGGCAAACAAUUCUAAUGGCACUUCAGUAGAACAAGAUGAAAGUAAUGCUAAUUCACAAGAAGGGAAAUCUACAUCUGUAAACACCAGCAGUGAAGAUAGUUCACUUUGUAAGGAAGUGGAAAAUGGCAAGCAAUCAAAGACAACCAGUAUUGCCUUAACUCCCUGUCAGGCAUUUUCUCAAGCAAUUGGACCAUACUGUUUGGGAUGUUUCAUGGGACGAUUGUUGUUCUCUAAGAAGCAGUACCAGGAUUUUACAUUUUUAGAUGGUAUCAAUGGUAGGAAAACGGACCUUUUUAACACAACCAAUUCUAAUAGCAAGUCAAGGAAGCAAAAGGAUAAACCUAAUGGAGAAAAGGAAAGAGAUGAAGAAGGAGAAGUAAAUGAGCAGGAGGUACAUGUGACUAUCCAGGAAAAGCUGUCAGUCAAUGAAAUCUCAGUGGAGAAGAAUAUACCAUCAGAAAAUGAAAGCCAAGAAUCCUCUGCCAGUGUCCUAGAACUCACUUCUAGCAACUUGGAUGUGAAGAGUGAAAUCACUGUUUCUAUUCCAUUGAAUGUUGCAGAAACAGAAGACACUUCCUCUAGAAUUAUAAAACCUAGUCAGUCAGUAGCCAUUUUAGUGGAACAGAAAAGUGGAACCUCUGAUACCCAAACCCCUUCUUUAGUGGAAGUGUCAGUUGUCACAGCAACACCUUUAAAUUCUACCCAAUCAUCAUCUACCUCCUCUGUGACACUUCAAAGUUCAGAAUUACCUGUGUUUGAAGAAUCGAAAGUGAUUGUUGUAAAAGAAGAAUCUGAUAUUGGCAAGAAACAAACUGCCAGGGAACCACAAGCACCUGUACAGCAAAGCUUGCUGUCAAGUAGCUUGUCAACUAUGUCGGACAGCGAAACUGCAGCAUCAGUGGAUAAGGGCACAGAUAGUCAACCUGUUGAGCCUUUAGAAUCAAAGAGUAUUUCCAAGGAAGAGGAGAAAAGCAAGGAUACUACACCAGAUAAAAUAGGCGAAAGUAUAGAAGGUAAAGCUGAAAUAACGCCAACUGAAGCCAAAGUUCCAAAUUCACUCCACAUGGUGCCGAAUUCCUCUUCAGAUAUUGAUGUGUUGGAGACAAAACUCACUGAUAAAGAAGGACGAGAAGGGACAGCUGAAGUAGUAGAAGACCCACUGCCAGUUUUGAAUAGUGCAUUGCAAGACAAGCAAGUAACUGAAUCUCAAAAUCUGAAUCUGGAAUCUGAAGAUGCUGAGAAGAAGGAGACUUCUCCUAAUUUAGAAAGCCAGGAGAGUGGUCCUGAAGGCACAACAUCAACUGUAGUAGUAGACUUCCAAAGUGUAGGUCCAACAGUUCAGCCUGCCUCUGCACCAAUUGGUGACACUAAUGACCUUUCAGACUCUGUUCUUCCAUUGUCAGCUCCACCUAUAGCAAGCAUUAGUAGCCAAGAGUUUACGGCUGCAGCAUCAGAUGCUAACCUCGAUGCUGCUAUGCUGAGUAAAGCACAGCAAGCAGCAGCCUCUUCAGCUGGGCUGUCUUCAGUGGUUGGUUCAGGAGGACACAAGGAGUCCAUCUUUGUUCGUCUCAGUAACAAGAUCAAGGCUCUGGAGCAGAACCUGAAUAUGAGUACAUUGUACAUGGAACAACUAAAUCAGAGGUACCGAAAGUCACUUGAUGAAUUACAGAAGAGCACUGACAAGAAAGUUGCCCUGUUGACAAAUGCUACGAAGAAGGCAGAAGUUGUUAUCAAUAGUCAAAAAGAGCAAAUCACAAAAAUGCAGUCCAAACUAGACAAUCUGACCAGUGUGAUAGCAGAGAUGAAAGCACGCAUGGAUCCCCUCAACAAGGAGGUGAUGGAGAGGCAUGUCAUUGGACUGUGUAUUGAGAUUGUCUUGAUCCUGAUGCUGUUUGUGGUGUUUGUGAAGAGAAACAACAACCAUAAUAUUCCUGACACACCCAGGGGGUCAGGACACUAUAUGAAUGGUAAGGGCCCUCCUAGAUUGGCAAUUGAAGAUGGCCAUAAGGACAACGUCUUCAAGCCAACAGUUUCUCUAAGUGGAAGGGAGCAGCUCCUGUGCAGCUUUGGAAAGAAUUCUGAACCAGAUACUGUUGGAGCAAGCACUACUACAGAUGAUAACAAACUAAACAAGGUCAGAUACAUGUACAUGUAAAUAAACUGUUUGUGUGCAAGGCAUUCUUGAAUACAUAACUACAAAUUCUAAGAGCCAAAUAGUUUAGAGGUACCAAUUAUUAUUGACUUUGGUUUCUAUAGAUGCUUAUUCACCUCCAGCAUUUUUCAGGUUGCUGGUAGCCUUUUAUAUUGUGUGUAAUGCAUGCUGAAAGAUUAAAUUAACACAUUGACCCCAGCAAGGGCUCCAACCACCCAGUCAUCUUGAUUCACAUGCCAUCAUACUAACUAUUAGGACACUGGUUCCCCCACAAGCUUUUUAGCACUGUACUGUACAUAGACCUGUGGUUUAUUGAAUCGAGCCUAUAUGCAUUGGAUAACAAAACAUAAAACUCUCGAGAAUGAUCGGUCAAACUGACAG